AUGGUGCCACUCCCUGCAAAAUCUACCAGGAUCUCAACCAAUCCUCCAACGGCAGUCGGGUGGAAGUGGAAGCUGACGUCCACUGUCUGCUCCCUUUGCCUCCUCCUCCUCCACCCUGCACCCCGGAAACCCCGGAGAAGCUUCCAGAGGAGGCUGGGAGCGGAUGCUUGGAGCAAGACCUUGGGAAGGCGGAGGGGAAACGGCUUGGUGGCGCCGCAGGAGCAGAGCCACAACUUGAUUGAGGUGGCGACUGAAGCUCCUUCUAAGAAACCUGGAGGUUACUUUACGGCACCCGCUCAACCCGACCCAGAUGACCAGUUCAUCAUUCCUCCGGAGCUGGAGGAGGAGGUGAAGGAGAUCAUGAAACAACAUCAGCAGGACCAACAGAAGCCGGCCAAGAGCGAGCGACCUGCGGACUACUACGACACGCCACUCUGA